CUUUGGAUGAUGUUUUCUUUUGCUGGAUAACGAUGGCUUUCCCAGAGUUUCAAGCGGAAUACAUAUAGUGUUAUAAUAAACUAUGUGUUCGAGAUAGCGACCGCUCACUGUCUCGAUGGCCUGUCUCGGUCCUCCCGUCCCAUCUGCUCUUGCUUCAUUUCUCUACUCGUCGCUUCCCUGUGGCUUUGCUGUAGGCCCCUCACAUCUCCACAAGGGCAGGCUGGGGCUUUGGUGGGUCGGACGCUCACUAGAGGCUGGAUUCCUGCUGGGGAGAGACGGGGACAUUGAGUGGGCCUCAGAGUAUCACGCUGAGCCGAAAAUUCACAGUGAAGACGGCAAACUUGCCACAAACUUUGAGACUGAAAGAGAUCAGACCACGAGAACAGAGGAAGAACAGGCUUCGGUGGUGAAAGCAGCAACUCGAGAUGCUUCCAUACAAAGAGCCGUCUGGGUCAACUUUGCCUGCCAGGCACCAAGCAGAGCCCAGCAGAACGUGUCGGUGCAGUGUGUGUGUGGGGAUGUGUGCGAGGGCGAGUGUGUGGAUGUCCGUCUGCGUCUGUGUCGGGACAUCCAGCCGGGAACAGAGCUGCUGCUGUACGCUGACAGCGUGGGAAAAGUGUGUUCACAUGUUCGCGGUGACUCCGCUGGACAUACAGGAGAGAAGGUGGAGCAGAGAGACCACUCAGAAGCCACAGCUGCCAGUGUGUCAAUCAAUAAAGAAGUGACAGCUAACAAACAGGAAGAGAAAAUGCUGGAUGAUGAAGAGGAUGAAGAUAGAAACCCCAAAAGAUGCAUCAAGAUGAGUCACCCAAUUACACAAGGGAGGAAGAGAGUCAAGGGAGUGUUGUCGGAGCCGAGUCCAGACUAUGACAGACAGCAGGACGAUACCACAGACAGUGUAACAGACAGGACACCUGAUAAUGACACAGCAGCAACUGGUAACAAAGACAGUGUCCCGUCUCCUGUGGACAGUCAGCCACACUGUAACUCUGCUGAAGGAAUAAUGGCAGAGCCCAGAGUCUUCCCUGCACCCGCUCCUGUCCGCUGCAGCUCCCGCCUGGCUGCUAAACCCCGACGGGUUCACUGCCUGAACAGCCGGGUGAAGCGACUCCAUGCCCGCCCCGACUCAUCCAAACGCCUAGAGGCACAGAGCCAGACCUCCACCAAAGAUGGAAAAAGCUCCACAGAGAUACCAGAAGGUGAGAUGGCUGCAGCGCUUUGUCCCGAUGGAGUCACCCAUAUGUGGCAUUCAGAGACCAGAGAGAGGCGCUACAAGUGUCCCAUAUGUGGUAAAAGGUUCUACCAGAUCGGCCACUUGAAGAAACACCAGUUCAGUCACACGGAUGAGAAGCCUUUCACCUGCCAGGAGUGUGGGAAAAACUACACGUCAGCAGAAAGCUUCAAGGCUCAUCAGAUGAGUCACCGCGGGGAGCGUCCCUUCUCCUGUCCUCACUGUGAGAAGACGUACGGCCUGAAGCGGGACCUGAAGGAGCACAUGGUCCUGCACACGGGGGAGAAACCCUAUACCUGUGAGCACUGUGGGAAGGCAUUCGCACGCCGCCCAUCCCUACGCAUCCACCGCCUCCUUCACUGCAGCAGAAUGAGCUACACACAGCCUCCUAAGGUGCAGUGCACAGUCUGCCGCAAGCUUCUGGCUAACUCGGGCUCUCUGAGGAACCACAUGAAACUCCACACGGGGGAAAAACCUCACAUCUGUCAGCACUGUGGGAAGUGCUUCAGUCAGAAAGGUAACGUCCGAGGCGUGGGUGUGAUCCUUCAGCUGCAACAAGCUGAUCACUGGCCAGAUGUGCUCGGCUGGAAAUGGGCAACUUUCUACAGAACACCAGGAAACCUUGAGUGCCACUUGAGAAUCCACAAUGGAGAGAAGCCGUUCUCCUGCUCAGAGUGCAGUCAGACAUUCUCCCAAAAACCGGAGCUGCGUCGGCACAUGUUCUCCCACACCGGAGGCGGUUUUCUCUGUAGCUACUGUGGAAAAUCGCUGAGGGACCCCCACAGCCUAAGGUCCCACGAGAGACUGCACACUGGAGAAAGACCCCAUUGCUGCCCUAUCUGUGGAAAAGGCUACACGUUGGCUACCAAGCUGAGGAGGCACGUGAAGUCGGCCCACAUGAAGGAGAAACCAUACACCUGCCACUGUGGCGCUUCCUACACUGUGAGACAAAGUUUGCUGAGGCACCAAGCUCAGCACAGGACAGACGGAGGAGUUCAAAAAGAGGAAGAAGAAGGACGUGGAGAGGAGACGCACACCAGAAAUCAGGAGGUUCCACAAGAGUUAGCAACUUCAGGAUGCAGUCACCCAAAGCCAAUCAGAGGCAGACCCAAGAAGAACUUCAUCCCUCAGGGCACAGCAGAGAAGGAGGGAGGUGAGGUGAAGCAGAGAAGAUCACAAGAAAAAGGAGAAGAGGAAGCAAAAUUAAAGACACUUGACUCCUCAAGAGAGGGAGAUAGCGUAGCUAACAUCCAGCACGCCGUCGUGUACGUCCACACAGACGACCUGUCAGCGCCAAGCUCCACUCCUCUGCUCUUCACCUCGGAGGGCUCGCUGCCUGCAGGGACAGAACAGGAGCUGGUGGAGGUUUUGAUAUCGGAAAGCGCAGAGCAGUGCAUUGUGGUCCACGGGCAGCAGGCGGUCGGAGAGCUCCUGAUCUUACAGGAAGAAGGAAGUGGACUCUGCUCUGUUGCUCAGACAGUAGAGAUAAACACAGUGUAGCUGUGUUCAUGGCUUCUGAACCCUUUGAGGACAUCUUUAGCAUUUAGGCCCUUCCUCCAACCUACCUCAUCAACGGUUUAUUUAUUUUGGUACCUUUUAUUGCCAUUGAACGACCUUUACAGAACAGCUGUGAACUAAUUUGAUGGAUUAGCUGCCAUCAAACGAUGCACACUUACUUGUCUGCCUUCUGUACAGGAAAGUGUGUGUAUAGAAAAAGCUCUGAACACCAGCGACUGGUGGAUUCUGUCUGACACCCAGUGCUGACAUUUACUGCUAACGCGCAGCACUUAUGCUGUAAAAUUGACAUCAAGUCCUCUGCAUUUACUUGGUUAUUAUCUUGAGUUAAAAGAAACAAAAUAAAAACAAGUUUGAAUUUAUCAUUAGGGUCUUGUCAUUAUAACCAAAGAGCUCAAUCUUUGUCUCGUUUGACCAUAAAACUUUCUCCAGAAGGCAGCUGCACAUGUCAGUCGAGCUCAUGUACGUUUUGUAGCAGAGGCUUCAUUCUUGGUUGGCACAAUCAGUCCAUUACAGUGACUGGCUUCACUCGUGGUGCUGGUGCUCGAGCAGCUGCCAGUUCAUGGAAGAUUUAAGGCUUACUGGUUCCUGGGUUGUUCCUAAACAGAUUCCUGUUUUGGUGACAAAUUUGGUCGUCCUACAGACCUUGGAAAUAUGCUGACACAUCAUACUUAUGUCCAGUUACAGAUCUGAGAGUCUGCAGUUACAUAGAAAUGAUCCAUUAGGCUUCUUUCGAUCGUGCUCCAAAUUCUUGUUGUUUAAAGUUAUUAAAGCCCAGACUUACCAUGAUAUUCAUGACCAUGAUGAGUGUAUGCAAAUUUUUGACCACAACUGUGUGUACAUGAGGUUUUAGACGAUGAUAUCGUUUUUGUAAUUUUGCUGCUCUAUGACGAUACAGAGAACUGUAAAUCAAACAGUCAAAAUAUGAUUAAAGUGCAGACUUUCAGCUUUAACUCAAGGGGUUUAUCCAAAGUAUUGCAUUAACUGCUGAACUUGUCAGCAAUACCAAAAAGUCUACCUCUCCAUGGUUAAGAAAAACAACUUCACAACAAGAACAUUCUUGAGGAGGUGGGCGUAUCUCAGGCCGAUCAAUGUCUACACGUAAAUACAGAAGAUUUACAGUAAGGUGCAAACAAACCAGGAAGGCCAGAUUAGACUUUGGCAGAGAGCAGCUGUAACAGCUGACACAGUUCUGAGAGAAACUCUUUGGAUGAAGAAGAGAAGAGUAUGGAGCCCAGGGUUGAUGAAGGGCUGUCAUGGCCAUCACACACUACAGCAGGUGAACUCUGAACUACGUACAUACUCAGAGAACUGGAUUCACAUCCAUUAACUGUUGUUUUUCUAGCUAAACUUUUUACACUCGUUGUUCUGGGAAGGACACCUUUAUGUUGCAGUUGUCUUAUGAGCUCUGUCCACGUGUUCUUUAAUCACUUGAGGUCUACAUAAAAUAGGCUGUUAUGUAAAAUUCUGUCCUUGUGCUGUUGUACAUGGCAGUCAGGCCUGCAAAGGCAAAUGAUGAGAAUAAAUGGGUGU